CCCCAGGCUAGGGUUCUAUCGUCUUCCAACAGAAGGGGGGAACAAGAGUCUUUUCAAGAAAGCCUGCUCGACAGCAUGCCCCAAUCUUCCUUCUAUCAGGUCGACGUCUUCACGUCCAAGCCGACGCUGGGUAAUCCCGUGGCUGUCGUCGUUGUGCCAAGAUAUCGCACCUUGAGCCAGCAAGAGAUGCAGGGUUUUGCUCGGUGGACAAAUUUGUCGGAGACGACUUUCCUUUUUGAGACUGAGGACGACGAAUCUUCGUAUGACUACCAUCUUAAAAUCUUUACGCCAAAUAGUGAGCUGCCCUUUGCGGGCCAUCCUACUUUGGGAAGUUGCCAGGCUUGGCUCCACCAUGGCGGGCGACCCAGGCGCGAAGCAAGAGUCGUCCAACAAUGCGGCAUCGGUAGUGUUGAGAUUGCCAUCGAGGCAGAUGGCAGCCUCUCCUUCGCUGCACCACCCCUCACGAGGUCAGGACCAGUCGAGGAUUCCAUCGUCGAGAGAGCGUGCAUGGCCAUGGGCAUUACAAAAAGCGCCGUGCUCGAUGCGCAGUGGAUCGUCAAUGGCCCGACGUGGUUUGCACUGCGCCUGGCAUCGGCGAAUGAUGUUCUGGGCGUUGAACUCGGAGCAACAGAGCCGGUAAGCGAUCUAAUGUGGGGCAUCUUUGGUCCCUAUAUCGGCGGACAGGCACGAGAGGGCGAGCCCGCCUUUGAGGUGCGAGCAUUUGCCCCAGGACAGGGAGUCAAGGAAGACCCCGUCUGCGGAAGCUUCAACGCAGGACUGGCUCUCUCUCUGCAGCGGCAAUCGCAAUCAUCUCGCUCCGUCCCAGCGACUUACGUCAUCUCCCAGGGGGCUAGGCUCGGUCGCGAAGGUCGAAUCGUCGUGCGUGCAGACGAAGCGAAUGGCACGACUUGGAUCGGUGGCCACGCCAUCGUGUGCAUUUCUGGGCAAGUAAACCUCUAGCGCUGGCGUCAUGUGGGGUGUCAGAAAUGCAGUAGAUUCUUGUCGUCUGAGAGCAGCAGAUGUUCCGAAGGGCGCGACCGACGAGAAUGUGGCACAUGAGCGGUACUAUCACAAUCACCACCAUCGCUACAACUUCCACCACUACUGUUACUGCUGCUGCUGCUGCUGCUGCUGCUGCUGCUACUACUACUCCGCCGCACUCCAAGCUAAAGUGGUCUUCUCGAAACCUGUAUUUAUUCUCUAGUAAGACGAAUGCAUCACUCCUCUUUU